AUGCCGCCCUCCUCCCACCUGCCCGGGAGCCGCAAGCCCUGCUCAAGCUUCUGCUCCGUGGCCUGGCUCUCUCAGACCAGCUGCAGAGGGCCCACCCACACCUCCAGGCCUGCCGAGGUCUCCUGGGGGGGCCUCGCUGCCCCCACCCUGGGGUCCCACAGUGGGGAACCCCUGCAGACUGUGAGCAGCCACGCAGCCAAAACCCCAGAUCUGUCGGUGCAAGGGACGCCUGUGACUGCCCGGGCCGUGACUGCCCAGAGGGUCAUCCGAGGAGGGCGGGACCGGGUCUAUGAGUCACUGGUGCGAGGCCUGUGCAAGGAGCCUGGCCCCGGGCGGGCUCCCCGCGUCCGUACGGCCUUCACGGCGGCGCAGGUCAGCACCUUGGAGAGCUCCUUCCAGCACCGCCGGUACCUGGGCCCUCCGGAGCGGAAGAAGCUGGCAAAGGAGCUGCAGCUCUCCGAGGUGCAGAUAAAAACCUGGUUUCAGAAUCGCAGAAUGAAACACAAGCGCCAAAUGCAGGACUCGCAGCUGAACGUCCCUUUCUCUGGACCCCUCUACACGCCCCUGGCUCUCUGCCCACCACCGUCUGCCCUGGGCAGUGGUUUGCAGCUGCUGUACCCUGGGGCACCCCUGCCUGGCCCCCAGACUCUGGUGCUGCCUGCUGGCUCCUUCUGGGGCUCCUGCCACGUGGAACAGGCCUCCCUGGCCCCCGGCUGGGCCUCCUGUAGCUGGCACCCCUUGGCACCCUGCCUCCCGGACCCUGGGAGCCAGGUGCACACGCUGAGACCGUCCUUGUCCGGGGGACCCUGGAACUUGGGUGCUCUUUCAGAGCCCAAAGAUGCCUUUUGA